AUGGCACAACAACUUAGCGGAAACUCUACCAUUACGCGGUACCUGGAAGAAGUGAUUAAUAGAAAAACGGCCUUUAUGGAUCUGCACGAAGCGAGGAUUUUGGUCCAGGCUGUCCCCUGUGUAUGUGGCUAUUCAAUGACUGUAAUAGUAGCAUAUGUUGGAAGAAGAACACUUUUGUUUCUGUCUACAAUUGGGUCAUGUAUACCAUUGCUUCUUUUAGCAGGUUAUCAUUUCUUAGAUCUACAUAAGUUUGUCGACCCCACCAUCUCUAUUCUUCCCGUUUACUUCUUAAAUUGGUAUCAACUAUUGUUUCAUGUUGGUUUAGGAGUGUUACCCAAUGUUCUCCUAUGCGAAUUAUUUCCUGCGGAAUUAAAAGGCAUUAUUGGUGCCAUCCUUGUGAUUUUCAAUGGUUUAAUUGGUUUUAUCGCGUCGAAACUGUAUCAAGUGAUGACCGAUAAUGUAGCAUGGUAUGCGAUUUUCUUUAGCUUCGCGACAUCAUGCUGGGUGGCAUUUGUGAUGGUGCUCAUAUGGGUACCGGAAACAAAAGGAAAAACGUAUCGCGAGAUUGAAGCGCUUUUAGUUGGUGAAAAUUUGAAAUCUUUCAAUGAGGAAGUUAGCACUGAUAAAAUGGAUAGUCGUGAAAUAUGA